GGUGGGGCGGGGCCGGCCGGCGGGCGCGCGGGGCGGGGGCGGGGCCCGUAGUAGGCGCCCCCGCCCCUGAGUGACAGAAGGCGCCCGGACACGGGAGCUCGCGCUGGGGCCAAAGGCACCGCUCGCGCCACCGCCUCCCCGCGCGCUCCCGCCCCCCUCCGGCGCCAUCCGGUGUUAUGAGGCGGCCCUGAGGGGCGGCGGCGGCGGCCAGCGCAGCCCGGCGGGGAGCCCGGCGCGGCCCGGCAGGGCGACGGGGUCUCGCUUCGCUUCGUCGGCCAAACCCAUGACUACGGCAAACUGCGGCGCCACCGACGAGUUCGACUUCAGGCUGAUCUUCGGGGAGGACGGGCAGCCCGGCCCCGGGCCGCCGCUGGGGCCUGCAGAUCUUGAGUCAGAUGACUGUGCGUCUAUAUACAUCUUUAAUGUAGACCAACCAUCAUCCUCUGUAAAUCAGCCAAUUUGUAUUCCUCGCCAUGGAUUGCAGUCUCACUCUCCUCUGUCACCACCUGCAAGGCUUCAGAGUCAUAAGAGCUAUGAAGGAACUUGUGAAGUACCGGAAUCCAAAUACAGUCCACUAGGUGGACCCAAACCCUUUGAGUGCCCUAGUAUUCAAAUUACAUCUAUUUCACCUAACUGUCAUCAAGGAAUUGAAGCCAAUGAAGAUGAAUUGCACACAAAUGGCACAGAAAAUGAGUAUAUGGAAAGGCCUUCACGGGACCAUCUCUAUCUUCCUCUUGAGCCAUCAUAUAGGGAAUCAUCCCUUAGUCCAAGCCCUGCCAGCAGCAUUUCGUCCAGAAGUUGGUUUUCAGAUGCUUCCUCAUGUGAAUCCAUUUCCCAUGUUUAUGAUGAUGUCGACUCAGAGCUAAAUGAAGCAGCUGCUCGAUUUACCCUUGGCUCUCCUUUGGCAUCUCCUGGUGGUUCUCCGAGAGGUCCCAGUGAUGAAUCUUGGCAGCAGCCUUAUGGAUUUGGGCAUGCCUUGUCACCUAGACAGUCUCCCUGUCAUUCUCCUAGAACUAGUAUUACAGAUGAAAAUUGGCUAAGCCCUAGACCAACAUCAAGGCCCUCAUCAAGACCUACAUCCCCCUGUGGGAAACGACGACACUCCAGUGCUGAGAUUUGCUAUGCUGGUUCUCUUUCUCCUCACCAUUCUCCAACUCCAUCACCUGGCCAUUCUCCCAGAGGAAGCAUAACAGAAGACACAUGGCUAAACACUUCCAUCCAUAACGUACAAGGCCUUAAUUCUGGCCUUUCACCAUUUCAGUGUUGUACAGAGACUGAUAUUCCUCUAAAAACAAGAAAGACCUCAGAGGAUCAGACUGCCACUUUAUCUGGAAAAAUAGAUAUCUGUCCUGAAGAACAGGGUAACUUAUCAUCAUCACUUGAAACUGCAGUAGAGGACUGCUCUGGAUCUCAGCACACAUUGAAAAAAGAUUUGCCCGGAGACCAAUUUCUUUCUGUUCCUUCGCACUUUACUUGGAACAAACCAAAGCCUGGUCACACUCCUAUAUUUCGCACAUCUUCAUUGCCACCUCUUGACUGGCCUUUACCAAGUCAUUACGGGCAGUGUGAACUGAAAAUAGAAGUCCAGCCUAAAACUCAUCACAGAGCUCACUAUGAAACAGAAGGAAGCAGAGGAGCUGUAAAAGCAUCUACUGGAGGACACCCUGUAGUGAAGCUUCAGGGUUACAGCGAGAAGCCAGUGAACCUCCAAAUGUUCAUUGGAACAGCAGAUGAUCGCUACUUAAGGCCUCAUGCGUUCUACCAGGUGCACCGAAUCACUGGAAAAACAGUCGCGACAGCUAGUCAAGAGAUAAUAAUUGCCAGCACAAAAGUUUUGGAAAUACCACUUCUUCCUGAAAAUAAUAUGUCAGCCAGUAUCGAUUGUGCUGGUAUUUUGAAACUUCGCAAUUCAGAUAUAGAGCUCCGUAAAGGAGAGACAGAUAUUGGAAGGAAGAAUACCAGAGUACGGCUUGUGUUUCGUGUUCACAUCCCACAGCCUAGUGGAAAAGUCUUAUCUCUGCAGACUGCUUCCAUACCUGUUGAAUGCUCUCAGCGAUCUGCUCAAGAACUUCCUCAGAUUGAGAAAUACAGCAUCAAUAGCUGCUCAGUAAAUGGAGGCCAUGAAAUGGUGGUGACAGGAUCCAAUUUUCUUCCAGAAUCCAAAAUCAUAUUUUUUGAAAAAGGACAAGAUGGACGACCUCAGUGGGAGGUAGAAGGGAAAAUAAUUAGGGAAAAAUGUCAAGGGGCAAACAUCAUACUUGAAGUUCCUCCAUACCAUAACAAAACCAUUACAGCUGCAGUUCAGGUGCAGUUUUAUCUCUGCAAUGGCAAGAGGAAAAAAAGCCAGUCUCAACGUUUCACUUACACACCAGUUCUAAUGAAGCAAGAGCACAGAGAUGAGGUGGAGUUGUCUACUGUUCCAUCCCUGGCCCUGCCACACCCCAGCAAUGUCCAGGGCCUGCAUUCCAUCCGAACUCAAUUGCCUUCACCAGAGCAAGGGCAUCCCCAUGACAAUUUACUGUCUACAUCACCCAGGAGCCUUGUGUGUCCAGUUCAGCCACCAUACCCAGCGAUGGUGACCCCAGCAGUAUCCCACCUGCCACAUAUGCAAGGUAGAAACCUUAGUCCAAGUGAAGAGUGUCAUGUUUUGCCUCCUGCUGUGGUUCAGUCUUUUCAGGUAACAUCAGCACCUCCGGUGAGGCCGCCUUACCAGCCUAUGCAGUCUAACGAUGUAUACAAUGGACAGUCUGGUCUUCCGAUGAACUCUGCCUCCAGCCAAGGAUUUGAUACUAUUUCCUUUCAGCAAGACACAGCUGUACCUCAUUUGAUAAAUCUCAGCUGCCAAGCUCUACCACCAAUGCAGUUUCAUGCUUCAAAUCCAGGUUCUGUGUCAACAUCAAGUACAGCAGGGCACCCGCUAGCACACCCAGCUCAUUCGGGACAGUCGUCCUCUCAUCUCCCGUCGCUGGGUUACCACUGCCCAAGCGCUGGGCAGGGCUCCAUCCCUCCUGCAAUGAGUCGGUCCCUUGGGCAGUCUUCUCCCCAGCUGCAGCAAGUCCCAUACCAUCCUACAAAUCCAGCAUCUGCUUCGUCCCCAUCCCCAACAGCUUCCCACCCUCUGGUCCAUUCACCAUUGUCUGGACCUUCUUCACCCCAGCUCCAGCCUCUGCCUUACCAGUCUCCCAGCUCAGGACCUGCCUCAUCUCCCCCGCCAACCACCGUAAGUCACUCGGGACAGCACUCCCCUCAAGCACACAGCCCAGCACUGGGAGGGCUUAAUGCAGCAUCAUCCCUAGCGCACCAUCCCGUAUGCGAUUCAUCUCCAUUUUCACCAGAUGGGGCAGCUAUUAACAUUAAACCCGAACCUGAAGAUCGAGAAUUGAAUUUUCAAACAAUAGGACUACAAGACAUCACACUAGAUGAUGGUCUUUGCACCAGGCAAUCUGCACAAGCUGGUAAACGUUUGGACUGGAACCACAUGAAAGCAGCUUCUUGGUCUUUAUUUGCCCCCUCCCCUGACAGUUUUAUCUCUGACCUGGAAUACCAGCCAUCAGGUUCAACAGAGAAAUGGACUCAACAUUCAGCACUCAUGUCCAACUCCUAUGUGGAAAAUCUAGAGGUGAAUGAGAUCAUAGGAAGAGAUAUGUCACAGAUCUCAGUGUCACAUGGAACAACAGUGGCCAGCCAGUCUGCACGUACAUGUCCUGGAUCUCUGGAGACAAGAAUAUCUGAUGGAAUCCAGUAACGGAUAAGCUUACAACUAAACGUCCAUGAAAACUUAACAGUUUCUCUGAAUAUUUCUUCGUCCUCUUCCUCUUUAGACUUACUGUGCUUCCAACUCUGUGGCCUUUAUGAACUGGAACAGUGGAUCCUUGCAAAGCCCUUUUAGCGGGUUACAUUUUUGAUGUAGAGACAGAGCAUUUUAAUUAUAGUUCCUCAGAUGCUGUAAAGAGACUUCUUAAAAUGGACACACAGAAUCUACACCAGAUAUUUUAACUGUUUUAAAGUUACAAACAAGCUUUGCUUUUUGCAUUUAAAUAGAAUACUUUUAUACUGUAAGUGCUUCAGAUGUGUGGAGAUGUUAGUUUGCUCUUAUAAUAUUCACAGUACUGAAUGUGGAAGAAGAUUUUAAUACACAUCUUCAGUGUGCUGCUUUCCCUUAGAGAUAGUAUAGUUUGUAACUGAUGAUUUGCAACACCUUUUGGUCAUUUUGGAAAGCCUUUAAAGCUUCUAUUGUUUAUUUUUUUUUUUAAUACGAUCUUCCAGUGGCAAAUCAUACCUGUCAUCUGAAGCCAAUGCCAUGGAAGCCAUUGUGUAUACAAAUACUGUAGUGUUUUCUUUCUUAGAUUCAUAGGAAGCAAAGCCAAAUGUAGAUCUGCACUUGUUUAUAAACUGAAAAUGUUACUUGAUAGGCUGCAAAAAGACCAUUCCAUCAUGAAAGUGUUGGGAUAGAAAUGACAUUCCAAAAUUUAAACUUUUAUAACUUUGUGGAUAAUCUUCCUGUUCUUUAUUAGCACAGGCUCCUUCUUGAAAUAGCUUUUUCUUAGAACGUUACAUUUGUAAUCAAAUUUGAGCAGUAGGAUUUUAGAUUAAAGAACAGCAACAUCAAAGCCAGGCGAAGUUUUCAUAUUUGCUGAGGAUCUAAGUGUUCCUGUUACCCCUGCAGAAUAUGGUUUUGAAAUCACCAAUUCAGUGGCAUUCAAGUUUUCCAUGCAAUAAAUCAUUUGAUCACAUCUGUAUCUUUUAUAUGCCGUAUGCCUGACCUGCCACUUGGAAGUGCUAAGGAGAUGACAAUUACAGUUCCUUAACCACUUAAUCUGUUUAUAAAUGUCAGUUUGCUAAGAAGUUAUUUACUGUGAAUUAGUGAUUAGGUGGUAUCAUUUGCCCAUGUUUAAUUGUAAGCGUGUGAAGUAGAAGCUACCAAAGAAAUACACGAGAUGUGCUCAAAGGAUGCAUUUCCCUUACCCACGUAAUCUGGUACAUUUGAAACAAUCUGUUUACAUGGCUAUUAAAAAUCUCAGGCCUCUAUGAUUAGAAACCUAGGAGAGGAUCUGAAACUGCCUGCUGAGGCCAUAACCAUUUCCCUCCCCCAGAAGACACUGUCGUUUACAGAGCUUGCUGAUAUGGAACAUACAGGGUACAACAGUCGCAGCAACAUAAGAUCAGAAAUACACUGAACCUCACAAUAUUUAAGACAUUAGUUUUAGUUCCUCAUUUGGGGGAGCCAUGAUGCUCUAAUGAAAUUUAAGACUGAAUACACUCAAAAGAUUUUGCAACGUAGAAAACGUAUUUGCAUUGAAACUAGUUCAGACAAUUGUGAACAUGCUAGUGGUUUAACACCUGUGGAGCACAUGCCUCUUUCUACAGAAAACUACUAAAGACUUAAAUUUACAGUAAAAUGGUCUUAAAGUGGAUACCAUUACUGAAUUAUAAUACCUGUAAGAGUAAACACAGAUUCUACUGAUGCUCAUUUUGGCAGACAGUCAUGGGGAAAACUUUCUAUGGAGCCUUUUGCAGGCAAAACAUUACACCUAAAUUUAAGUCAGUGCUCAAGCAAUACCAUUAAAGUAGCUAUAACUGCAUCUUUCUAAUAGCUGAAUUAUGAACUUUUAAAUAGACCAUACAUUAAGCGGGUGAAAAUAUAAGUCUUUAUCAUAUACUUCCUUUUAAGAAUGCAGCUUAAGGCUGCAGUUUCAUGGUUAUUUCACACAACUUAAUGCAAGGCCACUAUGUGCGUGCUGGGAAUCUUAAGCAUCCUUUUGUGAAUGUAUUGUUCAAUGAUGAAAAUCUUUAAAUUUGCAAGAAACAAAUUAGCAGGGCUGUAAUCUCAAGAGUGUGAUAUUGUAAUUGUCCCUCAGCGAUGGUGCUUUACUCUGUCCUCUACUCAUUUACAUUAAAGAUCCUGGAAAAGGAUUAACAUGCUCAGAAACACAUCUGAUGUUUUUAAUACCUUAAAAAAAAAAAAAAAAAAAAAAAAAGGAAAACAAAACCACACCACAGAAAGAAAACAAAACAAAAACCACCCCCAAAACCACACAACACUGUAAACUAUGUAAUUGUCUUCAGACUGUGUGCUGGUGGCAAGGCACGUUCCAGUUUCAUUCAUGUAUUGGGUCUUUUGCAUUAACCAUUGUUUGUAGGAGAAUUCUAACUUAAAAGCUUUUCAUACUGUAUGGGAUUUAUGCUCCUUUAUCCUACUGGUACAGACUCUCCUUGCAAGUUCUCCAAGUAGCUGGAAUUCACACUGUACCUAAAAUAUAGGAGCCCAAACAAUCCGGAGUUGCUAUGCACUAAAUUUUCUGAUGCCUUUAAAUACCUUGAUGCCUGUAGACAUAGAGAUGCUUUCCUAUUUAAAAAUUAAGUAAAAAAAAUACACCUUUGGAUACUAAAGCAGUUUUGUAUUUGCCUUGUAAAAGCUUCAGUACAAGGGUCUUAAUUUUAUUUUAGCUUGUGUGAUAAUGUAGGUAAAGACUGUUAAUCUUGUAUAAUUUUAGUGAUAUAAAAAGCACACAAUCUCUAUUGGACUAUGCAAAUUUAAUUAAACAAAAGAACCCGGCAACUGUUGAUAUUUUGUUGGCAUCCACUUCCUUGCCCUUAAGUCCUCUCUUCUCCCCAAGUACUUUUCCAAAACUUUUUAAUAAUGUAGAUUAUCCUGAAGGAAAGCCUUAAUGAUGAGGUAGCUUUUCUAUAAGGAGGGUCAAAGAUCAAUGCUAAAAACAAAUUUAAGAAGUAGUAUAUUCAUCUGGUGGGGGAGGGGGGGUAAUUUCUGAAAUUACCAUAAACUAGCAAUCUGAAUUUCUGUAGUAAAACUUUCAUGUUAUCAGGGGAACUGCCGUCCUUUUUAAACCAAAGAAUGAAAAUAACAUGAAGUUUUGUUCUGAUACAAACAAAGCUUUGAAACUCUAUUUUUGAUACUCAUAAUGGAUGUCAUUCCUUGAGGUUCGGAAAUUGUUCAAAUUGAAGUUUUAUAUUUAAAAAUGUGGGACAAUAAAGAUUAAGUUCUAGAUGUUUACAGAGCCUUGUAUUGUAAUUUCAUGUACAUUUUGUAUUUUAAACAUUUUUGUAAGUUAUGAUUGCAGUGCUACUUGCAGAAAUAAAGGGAAAAAACUUGCAUUUAGGCUCUUAAAUCAUAGUGUUCGAAUAAAUAAAAAGAAU